AUGUAUCGACCAGGUCCAAAGAAAAAGAUCCCCUGCACCUACGAUGACUGUAAAUCCCUCUUCGCCUCAGUCGAAGAGAUGAAAAAGCACAAGGAAAUGGAGCCCUUGCACGACUACUGUGCCAAGUGUGAUCUCGACUUCGAAGAUGAGGAGCGUCACCUCAUCCACAAGCUCCAGGCUGAGAACAAACACAUUGUCUGUCCUAUCUGUGGAAUUGAUUUCCGCAGUGAGGGAGGACGUGAUGCCCACAUUCGCCAGAACCACCGCGCGGAACAGCACCUGAUCUGCCAUGGCUGUAAGGUUAUUUUCAAGAGUGCCGCUGGACUGAUGAAGCACAUCGAGGAUAACGAGUGCAGCGUCAUCAGCCAGACCCGUCUGCUUCAGGAGCAGUCCAAGAAGUUUAUGAUCAAGGAAGCCCUGAAAGCCGGUGAAGGACCCCCGAUGCCCGUCAUCCCCAACCCAGCCGAUCUUGACGACAUCGAUGGCGGCGUGAAGAUCAACUUUCUGGAUCUCGAGAACCGUCAGGCAAUGGCGUAUCAGCCGAAGCCGGGCAGAGAUGACCCCACUGCGAGUGUGGAUGCUAUGCUUGCGCUGAAGCACUGGCCCGCGCUGGGAGACAGCAGAGGACAAGCGACAUUUGGAAUGCCUAUGUGUGACUUGAUGGCGUUUUCGGAUGCUGGUGAUAACGAGGAACCUCCGUCGACUGUGGAAGCCCCCCCCACUCGCGGAAAAGGUUCCUUCGGUGCUGGAACGCCGGAGGCCGGUCAGACGCUUCGCCUAUUGGACGAUAAAUGGGAUGCCACUAAGUUCUUUAACUCGUUCAUUGGGAAGUACGUUUGUACCUGCGGCUCGUCCUUUCCCACCAUGAAGGAAUUCGAGGAGCACGUCUUGAUGAAAAGCAAAGCGAAGCGCAACGCCCAGUGCCCCGGAUGCCUCAAGAUCUUCAAGAGUGCCGCUGCCUUGGUUGCCCAUUGCGAAUCGCCCAGCGUGCGUUGCGCAAUCAACGAGCAGGACGUUUACGGCCAGUUCAUGGACGAAGUGAGCGGAGGACUGAUUCAAGCCGUGGGAUACAAUGACGACGGAACCAUCAAGUACGAAGCCGGCAAGUUGGACACCAACAGUACUCGUCAGGUGGAGUGGUGAGUGCUAAGCACAUUUCAGUUACAGCUACCCGGUUACAAGUGGAUUCGUUAUUCUCUACAAGUCGAAGUCUACACUGUGCCAUCCGGAAAAGAAAAGCAGUUUUGAUAGCAU